AUUACCUCCCGAGUCACUCCUAGACUAGCGCUCUGGUGUCAUUAGCGUAGCUGCGGGUGGCUCUUAUUUCCAUCAGGCGGAUCGCUAGUCUACGGAUCUUUUCCGUCGCCUUUGCGCGGGAUCCCGUCCCCCGGCGGUGAAGUUGCGGAGCAUGGACCGCCUAGUGUGCCAUUCCGCCGUUGCCCCGCAGACCCUCGCCGCGCCACUGCGCGCCGAUUUGAGCUCGCGGAAAGGCGCGGUUGCAGCGGUUACCGUGCCGCGAUCGGCGUCGCGGACUAAGCUCGAUGCUUGCGUGGCGAGCCGCGCCCACGUGGGCGCGAAGCAGCUGAUGGGUCAGAGCCUCCAUUCGGCGACGGAAGUGCUGCGAUCGCGACACGUGGCGGGAGAGGAUUCGCGCGGAAGACGAGGAGUCGUCGAGAUGGUCAUCCCCUUCCAAAAGGGCGAGGCGACCCAGCAGCCGCCCCCCGACCUGCCGUCGUACCUGUUCAAGAACCGCAUUGUGUUCCUCGGCAUGUCGCUCGUGCCGUCCGUGACGGAGCUCAUCAUGGCCGAGCUGCUUUACCUCCAAUACGACAGCCCCGAGAAGCCCAUCUACAUGUACAUCAACUCCACAGGCACCACCAAGGACGGAGAGAAGCUGGGAUAUGAGACAGAAGCCUUUGCAAUCUACGACACCAUGCGCUACGUGAAACCCCCGAUCUUCACCCUCUGCGUCGGCAAUGCGUGGGGCGAAGCAGCCUUGCUGCUGAGUGCAGGGUCCAAGGGCAACCGGUCCGCGCUGCCGUCGUCGUCCAUCAUGCUCAAGCAGCCCAUCUCGCGGUUCAGGGGGCAGGCGACGGACAUUGACAUCAUGCGCAAGGAAGUGCGGAACGUGAAGACAGAGCUGGUGAAGUUGUACUCGCGGCACACAGGCAAGUCGGAGGAGACGAUAGAGAACGACAUCAGGCGCCCGAUGUACCUCACUCCUGAUGCUGCUGUGGAGUACGGCAUUAUUGACAAGGUUCUCGACACAGACGCCAAGAACGAUAGUGUCGUCGACUCCCUUCGCAAACGGCAACUGAUCUGAGCUCGCACUGAAGUCUUCACAAGCUUUACUCGAUUUAGGCAACUGCAGGGAUCUCCAGCCAGAUAGUAAAUACUGCUAGUUGUUUCCGCAGAAGCUUGUACGCCUGGAUUGGACUAGUUGUUGUUCAUUUCAGGUGUUUCUGAACAGGCCACGAUGUACUACAGGUCAUAUGCGAUUGGUGCAACGACGACUAGCGCAAAAUUUUCGCAGGUGCAAUUAUUCCGUAAGUGCAACACCCAUGUACGCACCCGGCCAAUGAAAAAAGAUCAGCCUG